CUGAUUACCAAUGCCUUUAAUGAAUCUAUAGCAUGUAGUUAUGGGUAUAAGUAUGUUGUUCUGGAGUAUCAUCACCAUCAACAACAACAACAACAACAAUCACUUCUAUUCAAUCUCAUUCAAACAAUCAACCCAAAUCCUCCAAUUGAACCCAUAUAAAACAAAAUGUCCAACCAAAUGGCAACCCCCAUCCGCCGCGUCGUCACCGGCAACAAUCCCAACGGCACCGCCCACUUUGCCUCAGACGACAUCCUCACCCCCUGGGAUCCCACAACCUCCUCAACUCCCACCCCCGACGCCAACUUCGGCGUCAUCCAAAUCCACCGCUCCAAGUCCUUCCCAGCAGACAACACCCUCGACCUGCCCGAUCCGCACCGCACCCUCGUUCCCCUCGCCGACACAAAGGGUCCCUCGUGCCGGAUUCUCGACCUCCCGCCGGCUGAAUCGGGGUGGUUCCAUCGCACGCUGAGCUUGGAUUAUGCGGUUAUCUUGAAGGGAAAGGUUGGGUUCAUCACCGAUGGAGGCGUGGAGAAGGUGCUGAAUGAGCAUGAUGUUAUUGUUUGUCGGGGGUCGAAUCAUGAGUGGGUGAAUCGGGGAAGUGAGGUUGCGAGGGUUUUUGUCGUUGUUGUUCCUUCUAAGCCGCUUGUGGGUGAGGAUGGGAAGGUGUUGGAGAAGACGCCUGCUGGGCCGGUUUAUGAUCCGGAGGAAGAGUGAUCUAUUCUAUAAAACUACCUAUUGCGUGUUGGAAGUAUAUACUUGAGGCAGUGAAAAUUAUGAUUUGAUACUCGCAUUAUGCUAAGGUAGCUGCAUAGUUGUUGAGAUACAUAUAAAUAAGCUUAUUCACCUAUGAACUGCAGUCAUAAGGUUAUCUUACUAACUAUAAUAUCC